GCAAGCCACAGUUUGCUUUACAUUACCUAAUGGCUCAGGUGAUGUUGUGCAGGUAUGUAAGAAGACAUUCUUGCAUAGUUUUGGAAUAUCUAAAAGGCGCGUUGAAACUCUUGUCAAGUUAAAGAAACAGGGUGAAUUUACUUAUGUGGAGCGUAGAGGAAACAAAACUAAAUAUAGAAAAUUUUCACCUGCAGAUGAAGAUUUGGUAAUUCAGCACAUUUCUUCCUUCCCAAGGGAACAAAGCCAUUACAGUAGGUUGAAGAGUCAGAAGGAAUAUUUAAGUCAAGAUCUAAAUAUCAGUAGAUUGUAUUACUCAUUUAAAGACCGCCAUCCUAAUUCUGCAGUAAUGUACCGUUUUUACUUUAGUAUCUUCAAAAGAAAAUUCUCAAAUUUAAGCUUCCACCAUCCUCGAACCGAUACCUGCAAAACCUGCGAUCUGUUGAAUAUAAAGAUAAAAGCAAAUCCAAAUGACAAAGAGAGCAAGAGAAAACUUGAUCUGCAUCAUAGACAAGCUGAAAAAGCAAUGAACACCAUGAAAGAAGAUCACUGCUUAUCCCAACUUCCUCUAAGUGGCACAUGCUCCAUUUCUAUUGAUCUACAACAAGUGCUGUCUCUUCCAGCCUUAACACAUGGGCAAAUGUUUUAUCUUCGACAACUCUCAUGUUAUAAUUUUGGUAUUCAUGUAGGUGACACUAAUAAGGGACUUAUGCAUCUAUGGCACGAGGGAAUAACUGGACGAGGUGGGAAUGAGAUUGCCUCUUGUGUUUUAAAAACAUUACUUAGUGGUUUUACGAAAAAACAAAAACUGGUGGUUUGGAGCGAUAAUUGCGUCGGCCAAAACAAAAACAAAAUGUUGCUGUUUUUGUGGAUUUACUUGGUUACGAAAGGAUACUUUCAAGAAAUAAAUCAAGAAGUUUUAAUGUCAGGGCAUUCUAUUUUAAGUUGCGAUAGAGAUUUCGCGCAUAUAGAGAAGAGAAAGAGAGUCGAAAAGUGCGAGGUGCCUUUUGAUUUAGUAAGAUUGAUAGCAACUGCAACUCCAAACAAUCCCUUUACGGUAACUCUUAUGCAGGCUGAGGAUUUCUUUGACUUUAAGGCUGCCGCUGAUUUAACCUUAAACACAACCAGGACAAAAAUUUCUACAGCCAAAUGGAUUCAAGUUUCAGCUGACAAUCCCAAACAGGUUAAAAUUAGGGAAACCCUAAACGAAAUGGAAGCGUGGAAAAACAUCAAUGUUUUCAAGAAAAAUGUUACGGAACAAUCGAUUAGGGAUAUGGUUGUACCGCAACUCAAUUGCCAAAAUCAGAUUAAAGAAAAUAAGAAACCUGAUUUACGAGCCGUCUUACCAUUUUGA